AUGCUCAUCUCCAUGCUGCUCAUUCCUCUGGCAGGUCUUGCAACUGCCUGGGAGCAGAUCGACAAGGAUAAAGCGCUGCUUGCCAUUGUUGAUAUUCAGGUCGGCCUGUUCUCCGCGGUCCGCGACUUUGAUCCGGUCACCUUCCGCAACGCGAUCUACGGCCAUGCCGAGCUUGCCAAACUAUUUGAUCUCCCUGUUGUCAUGACCACCUCGGUCCAGCACGGACCCAACGGGCCCCUCCCCAAUGACAUGGUGGCCAUGUUCCCGGACGCCGUCGUCAUUGAGCGACCGGGCGAGAUCAAUGCUUGGGACAACGCCGAGUUCCGCGCAGCUGUCGAGGCAACCGGCAGAAAGCAAAUCAUUAUUGCCGGUAUCAUGACCGAUGUCUGCACCGCAUUCCUGGCUCUUUCCCUCCGCGAGGCGGGCUACUCCGUCUGGGCCAACGCUGAGGCCUCGGGAACCGUGAGCCCGCUCGUCCGAGACAUUUCCAACGACCGCAUGGCCCGCGCAGGCGUCCACGUCGUCUCCUUCUUCGCCAUUCUCAGCGACCUCCUGCGCGACUGGCGCACCGAAGCUGGGCCUAAGAUACUGCCCUUCCUCGACAAGUACAUGCCCGCCGGCGGCUUCGUCGCGCGCGCCCACCUGGGUGCUAUUAAGAACGGGACUAUUGUUCCUGGUGAGGAAGGGCUUUGA